AGAGCCAGCCCACAACAUCGGAUGAGACUGUGGUAGCCGGUGGUACAGUGGUGCUCAAGUGCCAGGUGGAGGAUCCCGAUGACUCCUCGCUGCAGUGGUCCAACCCUGCCCAGCAGACCCUCUACUUUGGGGAGAAACGAGCCCUGCGAGAUAACAGGAUCCAGCUGGAGAGGUCCACACCCAACGAGCUGACCAUCAGCAUCAGUGACGUGGUGCUGUCGGAUGAGGGGGAAUACACCUGCUCCAUUUUCACCAUGCCUGUGCGGACUGCGAAGGCCCUCGUCACCGUGCUGGGAAUCCCCCAGAAACCCCAAAUCUUCGGUCAUGAGCAGCCCAUUGAUGAGGAGAAGAUAGCCCGGCUGACCUGCCGGUCCUCUGGCAGCAAGCCUGCGGCCCAGCUCCGGUGGAAGAAGGGCAACAAGGAGCUGAAGGACGAGGGCACUGAGGUGGUGGAGGACCCCAACGGAAAGACCUUCACCGUGAGCAGUCGGGUGGAGUUCCGCGUCACCAAGGAGGACAACGAAGCCGAGGUGACCUGCACCGUGGACCACGAGUCCCUGCAGAACUCUGAGAGGUCGACCACGCAGAAGCUGCAGGUCCACUACAAGCCGACAGCAAAGAUCGAGCCGCAUCCCCAGUACCCACGGGAAGGCGAGAAGCUCCAGCUGCAGUGCGACGGGCAGGGCAACCCCAUCCCCCAGGAGUUCCUGUGGGAGAAGGAGGGCAGCGACGUGCCCCUGCAGCUCAGCUCUGACAGCGUCCUCAUCUUCCCCUUCCUCAACAAGAGUGACAGCGGCACCUACGUCUGCACAGCCACCAGCUCCAUGGGCAGCGUCGUGGCCAAGUACAACCUCGACGUCAGCGAUGCCAGCCCGGUGCCCUCAACCUCCAGCACGUACCAUGCGGUGAUCGGCGGGGUGGUUGCCGUCAUUGUCUUCCUCCUGCUCAGUCUUCUCAUCGUGUUGGGACACUACCUGAUCAGACACAAAGGUACCUACCUGACCCACGAGGCCAAGGGGUCAGACGACGCCCCAGACGCUGACACGGCCAUCAUCAAUGCAGAGGGCGGCCAAGCCAGCAGCGACGACAAGAAGGAGUAUUUCAUCUAG